UCUCUGCUCUGGACGCAUCUCAGAGCCCCAUCAUCACCAAGCGCCAGGCACUCCCUCUCUCCCUCCCUCUUCUUUUCUCCUCCCUCCUUUCCUCCCUCCCACCUCCUGCACCAGGAAACUGCCUAGAGCCUGGGGAGCGGCCUGACCCGGCUCCAAAGCUGGGAGGAUGAAAGGCCUCAGCUGGGGGCUCCCUGCCACCAGCGCUGUGUCCUAGGAGCUGCUGCCCAGGCUUGCCACCCAGAUGGCGACUCCAGCCUCAGCCCCAGAUACUCGAGCCCUGGUGGCAGAUUUUGUGGGUUACAAGCUAAGGCAGAAGGGCUAUGCCUGUGGAACUGGCCCAGGAGAGGGCCCUACAACUGAGCCCCUGCACCGGGCCAUGCGAGCCGCUGGAGAUGAGUUUGAGUCCCGCUUCCGACGCACAUUUUCUGAUCUGGCCGCUCAGUUGCAUGUGACUCCUGGUUCAGCCCAACAGCGCUUUACCCAGGUCUCAGAUGAGCUCUUCCAGGGGGGGCCCAACUGGGGCCGUCUUGUGGCAUUCUUCGUCUUUGGGGCAGCGCUCUGUGCAGAGAGCGUCAACAAAGAGAUGGAGCCACUGGUGGGACAGGUGCAAGACUGGAUGGUGACCUACCUUGAGACCCAGCUGGCAGACUGGAUCCACAGCAGCGGGGGCUGGGCGGAAUUCACGGCUCUGUACGGGGAUGGGGCCCUGGAGGAGGCAAGGCGUCUGCGGGAGGGGAACUGGGCCUCAGUGCGAACAGUGCUAACAGGGGCUGUGGCACUGGGGGCUCUGGUGACUGUGGGGGCCUUCUUUGCCAGCAAGUGAGAACUCAGCCCAGUGUUGGGUCUAGAGUGGCUGUGGGAAGGAGAGAGUAGGCUAGAAUGGAGAGAACCCCUUGGGAGAGGUGGGAUGGAUGAAUGGGGAAGGGACAGGGUUAAAAGGGGAUGGAAUGGGGGAGGAGGGGAGGGGUUGGGGGGGAAUAAGAGAACUUUGUAUGUCAGGCAGGAGUUUGGAAGGUUGAGCCAAAGGAAAUGUGGAAGACACAUCUGGAAAGUCAAUGUGUGUAAGACAGGAAGAGUCACAGCAGGGUUGGGGCCUGGGUUGGGUGGGUUUUAGAGGACAAUACCCAUAAAUUGAGCAGUAAUGAAAGGUUACCCUCUAGGGAAUGUGGGAUUUGCAACCCUAGGGGGUGGUGGACUUAUCCAGGGAGUACAGUAAAAAUAUAUGAAAGGUGAAGUCUUUGUUGGAUAGGUAAAAUUGGGGGAGAAAGUUGUAGGCUCUUUGGAGUGGCUGUGGGUAUCCUGGGGUUCUCAGUGUGCAGUGAGAAGUGGGUGUUACAAGUGGGGUGCUUGGAUGUGUGUGUAUGUGUGCACUUGUGAGCUUUGUGUACCUGGUGUGAUGGAAUUCUUCCUCAAGGAAAAAUAACUUUCCCUAGCAAUGAACAGGAGGAGUUAGAUCUCCCCUGGGUUGCCCCAGUGCUGGGGGUAGGGGGUAGGGACACUAUAGACUGAGAAUUUCGAGGCUGGUCUGUAGAAAGUAGUAAGCAGGGUUUGGGGGAAGAGGGCAGUGUGUGUUAGUUGAGAUGGCUCAGUUUUGUAGUUGUUCUCAUUUCCCUCAUUAGCCCCUUCCCCAUGCCUUUAGUACUUGCUGCUGCUCCUUCUAGGGCUCUGGACAAAGCAGAGCUAAGGAGCUUUGGGAGGGAAGGACACUUUACCAUUUGUCCCCCUUUUCCCACUGGGGCACAGUGGUGCCUGGAAAGGUUCCCUAUCUCUGGGACCUCUCUACCCAAAUUUAAACACUAAAUUGGGGUUGAAAUUUCCCUUUUUGAAAGUAUGAACACAAAUGCUGAUCUAGAACAUAGCUCUGUGUACUAAACACUAACCCUCAGUGAAACUGAGUCUUUAUGCCUUGAGAGGGACAUUCCCAGCUCUGAACUCAGGGGUGGGGGUAGGGUAUACUCUAGAAGCCAACCCAUUCCAUGUGGUGGGCAUUGCUGCUGCUAGAUCAAAGGCCAGGUGUAUGGGUUCUAGAGUGCAUACCAUGAUCUAGAAACAUUUAUGUAUGCUUUGAAGCCAGGCUGGUUGCAUGGGUGUUAAAUGUCUGCAUCUCUUAGUGUGAGAAUGCUGGAUUUCUGUAACCCACAAAUGGAUCCAGAAAUAACUCUUUCUUUGAAGGAAGGAGCUCUUCCUUUCCUCUGGAUGCAUGGCCCUGAGCCAGACCUUGCUGCUGCACUUUCCAUGGUGCUAAAAUUGCUGCUCUUAAAUGCUGUUUCCAGACAUGCUGUGCUCUAGAACCCUGCCUGUGAUCUAGAGCACUGACUUGCUCAUCUAGAACACAGUUGGCUCUUCUGGGUAGAGACUUUUACUUGGUCCCAGAAUGUGGCAACUUAGUUGCGCUGCUCUAGAAUGUGGGACCAAUCUUGGCCUCAGGUGUUUAAUCCAAACUUUUGCUUUUGAAAGCUGUGUUCCUUAGAGGAAUUUGUAGGGGAAGUGACAGACAUUCUGCUGAGACUGUACUGGGUGAGAUGGUAUCAUAAGCUGGAAAGCACUGAGUCAGUCACAGUUGGUUAGCAUGGAGAGGACAGUUAACACUGACUUGACAGUGACAAACCCAGACCAACUAACAGCUCACAAUUGGAGCUUGUGCUCCUCUACCCUUACAACGCAGCUCUUUCCCCCACCCUCUACCACUGACUCCUAACCUGUGGCCCCUGUUAGCUCCCUUAGGGGUCUUUAAUAACAGAGGUACCAGGAACCAUGGUCAGAAGGACAAAAAAACGCACUGCUCUGAGGCUCCUCCUCCUGGAUGGGAGGCAGGAGUUAUUGGUUUAAGGGGAGGAUGCUCAGACUUGGUCUCUGAAAGCAUGGCUGCCUGAGACCACAGAGGGCAGUUUUGGCCAGACACUCCUUCUGGGGGCAGUGGAAGCCCCUAACAUCUUUCCUUCAGAAAACCAGGGACUUUUCUAUUUGGGGCUAUUCAGUUCCCGGGGGUUGUCUCUUAGCCAAGCAGGCUGAGUGUGACUCCCUGUUUUUAAGUCCAUUUCAUUAAAAGUAGGGGGAAACACAUUUAAUUGCCAUUUUCUAAAGGGUAAACUUGGUGGAGAGGUUGGGAGGGGAGUGUUUCUUGCUCCCAAGAGCCCAUAGGGGCAGGUGGGAGGCUUUGCUUAGGCCAUGGGAGGAGUGGAGGUGGGGCAGCUAGGUCCUGAGAGUGCUUAUCCCACUCCCCACUUCUGCCAGGACAUACAUUAUUUUUCUUUUUCAAGUCAGAAAACAAUGCGAGAACGGAUUUGGUUAGUUUAGAAGAAAAGAAAAAAGCUCUAUAAAUAUAAAUAUAUAUUCAUGUAUUUUUAUUUAAUAAUUUAUAAAUACUGGGUUCAUUUGACUUUUAUUUUUGUGUAAUAUGUAAUGGUCGUAUUAAAAAAUAAAAUCCAGAAGUUUAAUGAGGACUGAACAGGGUUUGUGACUUCUGCAUUUACAACUGGAAGGAUGGGGUGGGUGGAUACUGGCCUCACUCCAAACAUCUUUCAGUGAUUUUGUUAGAAGUAAAGAAUUAGGGCAAGAGGGAUAUAUGGAAAGUACCUCUAGUAAGCUUGGGGGAUUCUGAUUAAGAAUUAACAUGAUGAGCCUCUACUUCCCUCCAUAUGACCAAAACCACUUUUUCUUUGACAAGAAGGGCCUGGGAAAAUAUAUGUGUAAGUCCUGGCCUUUUCCAAGCCUCCUUCUCUGUCUUAUCUUCUCCUUCCCUGCCACCUCCUUCCACUCCCUAACUGUGGUCCUCAGGCUUUAACUUUAAUUGGGAGAUUAAUUUUUCCUGAAUAUUUUGCUGAAAGGCAGUAUGUUAAAGCAGAUAGAGCUGAGUCAGAAAGACCUGGGUUCAAAUCUGGCUUCUGAUGUACAUGCUCUUUUUGUGACUGGGCAAGUCAGCUAUUCCUCUUAAUGGUUCAGGGAAACUCUCUUGAGACUAUAGGUUUCAGAACAGUUGCCCAUCUGCAUUGGUUAAGGGGGUUUUUUCACUGGGGGUUACCCAUACCAAUGAAAUCACAGUUCUGGAUUUCAAAUGGUGCUUCUUGUUUUAUAUUUAAUAGUUAUAAAAAUAAUACAGCUUUUGUUCCUUCUCUAAUUCCCUGAAUUAGUGGAUCCUAAUAAUUUUACAUAUAAGCUAUAGGCUAUAUAGUCUAUCCCAUUGCUUCUAAGCAAAGCUUUUUUAAAACCAUUUCUGACAGAAAUCUAAUUUUAAAAAUUCUUCAGGCAACAAAAUUUCAGUCUUUAUGUAAUAUAGUCUAUUACACUCCCCCCAGCUCCAAACAUUAAUCCUCACCAUAGUUAGGAAAUCCUUUAUCUUGACUGCCUCUUGUUGCUGUUUCAGAGAAUUUAAUUGUGUUCUAUUCUCCAAAGAACUGGAGAACAGCUAGUACCCAUCUGGAGUUCUUUUUCCUCCUCUCAUCAACUCCCCCAAACUUCAGAUUCCAGCCAAGUCGUCCUGCUUUUUCCCUCUACUCCAUCUUGACCAUCUGCCCCCUCUUGCUUCUCCUCAGUGUUAAAACUGUUACUUACAACAACCUCCCACUAUACAUCUGACCAGAUCUAUUUCCAGUGGUUCAAUGCUCACCUUUCUACCAUUUCAGGACCUCUUAACUUCCCCAGAAACAGUGUUUAUUUCUCUCCAUUAAAUAUUCUGCCCAACAAACAUUUGUUAAGCCAGGUACUUUACCAAUGUGCCCGAAUUGGGGGAUACAAAAAUGAAAUGGUCCCUCUACACUUAAGGACCUUGUAAUCUAAUAGGCAAGUAAAAGCCAUGUGGUUAUCAUUUGGAGCGUUUUUUGUAUGGUGCUUACUACACCUAAAAGUAGUUUCUAAUAAGGUUGUAAUAUCAUACAUCCAUAGUGUUUCUCUCUGAUAUAAACUUUUUACUAUGGAGUGACAAGAGUAAAAGCUUUCCCAUUAUACUCAUUUCUCAUCAUACUCUUAAGAGCUUAUCUGUUUUACAGUACCAAUGCAUUCCUGCUUUCACUGCUUGUUUUAUAUUGUGAACUCCUUUGUUUAGACUGGGUUGUAUCCCAAGCCAAGCCUAUAGCCAAGGUAAAUUUAAGUUUUAAGGUAUGUGAUAGAUAAGUCAGUCAAACAUUUACUAGGUGCUAUGUGCCAGUCAUGUGCUAUGGUGUACUACUUGAUGACCUUUCUCUUUGUGUGAUAUUUAUCUGAGGGAUCUCAUCUCUAAUUUCUUCCUUUACUAUUUAUAUUAUCUUAGGUCUUCAUGAGUUUAGGAGGGGCCAAAAAAAAUUUAGCUCGUGGUCAACUUUAUGCUGAUGAGUCUCUUCAGAUAUGGCUAGUGCUUUGUCCAUGGCUGACCCACCCAGCCCAUCGCCAAACCCAUUCUAAAAGCCUUUCCCCUUUGGUUAGACGUGCCAGAGCCUGUACUCUUGUUUAGGGUUAUUUGAAAACCCCGGAUUGGCUCUAUGCUGCUAGGAGGCCCCAGAGUAGAGCCUUUGUAGGGUCAAAGAAAAUGCUGUAUUGAGGUAAAACAGACCCCAAGAAGCCUCUUUGAUUCUCUGGUUUACUUCUACCACCAGUGGGGCACUGUACUUGAAACUGUUAGCAAAACAGGGGCAUCUGCCUCAAAGCAAGGACUUGGACUGGGAAUGGGGAGUCUGAAGCCGAUUUGAGGAAAGGAGUUGGUCGUGUAUGAAACUUUAGAGCAAGGUUUCAAAUUAAACGUAGGCACGUCGGGUUGGAAGUCGCACCCGUGUCUAUGGCCUUGUGUUCGAACUUUGCCGACUCCCAUUUUUUUGGAUGUCAAGAUGACUCUUGAAGCAUAACCUGGCCAGAAAAUGCUUUGGAUCAGUUAGCCUACUGCCCUUCCUAGAGUAAAGCAUUCCUGAUUCUCUCAAAGUGAAAGUGUGGUGACUCUUCACCGGCAGUGGCAGGUUAUGUUGUAUGCUGGUUUCUGCUUCAUGUUUAUAGGAGAGGCUUAUGGAAAGCCAGGGCAGGAGGCAAGGGGCGAAGCAGUCACUCUUGAAUGCAAGUCGAAUGCCGAAUUGAAUGUUGUGGUUCUUACAAGCGCUCCAAUUCUGGCAGUUUACCAUCGGGAAGACGCUUUCUUGAGAUAAUCACAGCUUCCCUUCCAAGGGUUCACUUGCCCUCGGAGUGACUGAAGAAAGCAAGAUGGCGGCACCCUCAGAAUUCGAUCAUAUGACCAGAGGUCCCGUGCUCGGAGUUUGACAGUCCGUUUGGCUGAAGCGGUCACGUGUUGUAACCUAGGUUGGGGGCUUUCGAACCUCUGGGACCAAUCGGCAACCGAGCUUCGGAUUGGGUUGUGGGGUGGUGUGCGUGAGAUUCCGUUCCGCCUUUCGUAGUUAGCGGCCAAUCGCAUUGCACGACAAGAUGAGUGCAGAGAGGGGGCGUGGCCCAUAGGGAGAGAGAGGCGGGGAUGGCGUCACAGCGUGGCGGGAUUGUUACCUAAUGACGGGAGAAGGCGGGACCGACGUUGACUGACAGGCAAGUUUCCCUUACCGAGAUUCGAGGAUUUGGCUAGCUACCCCGCCUUAGAGGCGUGACUUUAUUUGAUUGCCAAGUAUUUCUACCCAAUGGACUCCGAGCGACUGGUGACGGGCAGGCUGCUUGGCUAAUGAGCCCCCAGCGUGGCCGGCGCGGCUCUCCAAUCGCCGGGCGGCGGGCCCCAGUCUGAGCGG